AGUGCGGCUCGGCGUGUGGCCAACUCUCGAGCUCGGAACGAAACGCUCGGUGUCGCGGUCCCCACCCGGAAAGUUUGCAGCGAAGCCGCGACCUCCUGCCCGGCGCGGCCCGGCAUGAAGCGGCGCUGAGGAGCCGCCGCCGCCGCCGCCUGAGAAGGAGUCGCAGACCCUGGGCCACGCCGAUGACUACUGCAAACUGUGGCGCCCACGACGAGCUCGACUUUAAACUCGUCUUUGGCGAGGACGGGGCGCCGGCGCCGCCGCCCCCGGGCUCGCGGCCUGCAGAUCUUGAGCCAGAUGAUUGUGCAUCCAUUUACAUCUUUAAUGUAGAUCCACCUCCAUCUACUUUAAACUCACCACUUUGCUUACCACAUCAUGGAUUACCGUCUCACUCUUCUGUUUUAUCACCAUCGUUUCAGCUCCAAGGUCACAAAAACUAUGAAGGAACUUGUGAGAUUCCUGAAUCUAAAUAUAGCCCAUUAGGUGGUCCCAAACCAUUUGAGUGCCCGAGUAUUCAAAUUACAUCCAUCUCUCCUAACUGUCAUCAAGAAAUAGAUGCUCAAGAAGAUGACCUACACAUAAAUGAUCCAGAAAGGGAAUACUUGGAAAGGCCUUCUAGAGAUCAUCUCUAUCUUCCUCUUGAGCCAUCCUACCGGGAUUCUUCCCUUAGUCCUAGUCCUGCCAGCAGCAUCUCUUCAAGGAGUUGGUUCUCAGAUGCGUCUUCUUGUGAAUCUCUUUCACAUAUUUAUGAUGAUGUGGAUUCAGAGUUGAAUGAAGCUGCUGCCCGAUUUACUCUUGGAUCCCCUCUGACUUCUCCUGGUGGCUCUCCAGGAGGCUGCCCUGGAGAAGAAUCAUGGCACCAGCAGUAUGGACUUGGACACUCCUUGUCACCCAGGCAAUCUCCUUGCCACUCUCCUAGAUCUAGUGUCACUGAUGAAAAUUGGCUGAGCCCAAGGCCAGCCUCAGGACCUUCAUCCAGGCCUACUUCCCCUUGUGGGAAACGGCGGCACUCUAGUGCUGAUGUUUGUUAUGCUGGUUCCCUUUCACCCCAUCACUCACCUGUUCCUUCUCCUGGUCAUUCCCCUAGGGGAAGUAUAACAGAAGAUACCUGGCUCAAUGCUUCUGUCCAGGGUGGAUCAGGCCUUGGCCCUGCACUUUUUCCAUUUCAGUACUGUGUAGAGACUGACAUCCCUCUGAAAACAAGGAAGACUUCUGAAGAUCAAGCUACCGUACUACCAGGAAAAAUAGAGCUCUGUUCAGAUGACCAAGGGAAUUUAUCACCAUCCCGGGAAACUUCAAUAGAUGAUGGCCUUGGAUCUCAGUAUCCUUUAAAGAAAGAUUCAUGUGGCGACCAAUUUCUUUCAGUUCCUUCACCCUUUACCUGGAGCAAACCAAAGCCUGGUCACACCCCUAUAUUUCGCACAUCUUCAUUACCUCCGCUAGACUGGCCUUUACCAACUCAUUUUGGACAAUGUGAACUAAAAAUAGAAGUGCAACCUAAAACUCAUCAUCGAGCCCAUUAUGAAACUGAGGGUAGCAGAGGAGCAGUAAAAGCAUCGACAGGGGGACAUCCUGUUGUGAAGCUCCUGGGCUAUAAUGAAAAACCAAUAAAUCUGCAGAUGUUUAUUGGAACAGCAGAUGAUCGAUAUUUGCGACCUCAUGCAUUUUAUCAGGUGCAUCGAAUCACUGGGAAAACAGUUGCUACUGCAAGCCAAGAGAUAAUAAUUGCCAGUACAAAAGUCUUGGAAAUUCCUCUUCUUCCUGAAAACAAUAUGUCAGCCAGUAUUGACUGUGCAGGUAUUUUAAAACUUCGUAAUUCAGAUAUUGAACUUCGAAAAGGAGAAACUGAUAUUGGCAGAAAGAAUACCAGAGUACGGCUUGUGUUUCGUGUUCACAUCCCACAGCCCAAUGGAAAAGUCCUUUCUCUGCAGACGGCUUCUAUACCUGUUGAAUGCUCCCAGCGGUCUGCUCAAGAACUUCCUCAUAUUGAAAAGUAUAGUAUCAACAGUUGUUCUGUAAAUGGAGGUCAUGAAAUGAUUGUGACUGGAUCUAAUUUUCUUCCAGAAUCUAAAAUCAUUUUUCUUGAGAAAGGACAGGAUGGACGACCUCACUGGGAGGUAGAAGGGAAAAUAAUCAGGGAAAAGUGUCAAGGGGCUCACAUUGUCCUUGAAGUUCCUCCAUAUCAUAACCCAGCAGUUACAGCUGCAGUGCAGGUGCACUUUUAUCUUUGCAAUGGCAAGAGGAAAAAAAGCCAGUCUCAACGUUUUACUUACACACCAGUUUUGAUGAAGCAAGAACACAGAGAAGAAAUGGACAUGUCUUCAGUUUCAUCGUUGCCUGUGCCUCAUCCUACCCAACGCCAGAGGCCUUCCUCAGAUACAGAACACCCAUGUGACAGUGUAUUGUCUGCACAGAGAAGCUUGGUUUGUCCCAUCCAGCAAACAUAUGCACCCAUGGUAACCUCAUCCCAUCUGCAACAGUUGCAGUGUAGGGAUGAGACUACUAGUAAAGAACAGCAUAUGAUACCUUCUUCAGUCAUACACCAGCCUUUUCAAGUCACACCAACACCUCCUGUGGGGUCUUCCUAUCAGCCUCUGCAAACUAAUGUUAUAUACAAUGGACCAUCUUGUCUUCCUAUUAAUGCUGCCUCUAGUCAAGAAUUUGAUCCAGUUUUGUUUCAGCAGGAUGCAGCUCUUCCUAAUUUAAUAAAUCUUGGCUGUCAACCAUCAUCAUCCAUACCAUUUCAUUCUUCAAAUUCAGGCUCAACAGGACAUCUCUUAGCCCAUACACCUCAUUCUGUGCAGACCCUGCCUCAUUUGCAGUCAGUGGGAUACCAUUGUUCAAGCACAGGACAAAGAUCACUUUCUUCUCCAGUGGCUGACCAGGUAACAGGUCAGCCUUCCCCUCAGUUACAACCCAUAACAUACAGUCCUUCACAUUCAGGGUCUGCUACAACAGCCUCCCCAGCAGCCUCUCGUCCCCUCGCCAGUUCACCACUUUCUGGGCCACCAUCUCCUCAGCUGCAACCAAUGCCUUACCAGUCUCCUAGCUCAGGAACUGCCUCAUCACCAUCUUUAGCCACCAGAAUGCAUUCUGGACAGCACUCAACUCAAGCACAAAGUACAGGCCAGGGAGGUCUUUCUGUACCUUCAUCCUUAAUAUGUCACAGUUUGUGUGAUCCAGCUUCAUUUCCACAUGAGGAGGCAGCUGUGAACGUUAAACCUGAACCUGAAGAGCAGGAACCUAAUUUCUCCACAAUUGGUCUACAGGACAUCACUUUAGAUGAUGUGAACGAGAUAAUUGGGAGAGACAUGUCUCAGAUUUCUGUCUCCCGUGGAACAGGGGGGAGCAGGCAGGCUCCCCUCCCAAAUCCUGAGUCCCUGGAUUUAGGAAGAGCUGAUGGACUCUGACAUUGCUCACUGCAGCCUUGUGCCCACCACCAUGUACUUCUCGGCAUGUUUCUCUCCUUGGACCUUGGAUUUCCAACUCUGCAGACUUCAGGACUGAUGCCAGGAGUUGGGAUCAUUUUGUGGAGAAGCAGCAUUCCUCCACUUCAGGCCUUGGGUAGAUUUUGUAAAACAGGAGCCCCAUAGGCUGUUUGAGCUUUGCUUUUUAUAUUUAAAUAGGAUACUUUUAUAUGAUGGGUGCUUUGAGUGUGACUGCAGCGGACUCAUUUCAGAGGUGCUGCUUUUGCAGGUGACCUGUUGCUUAACUAGGAUUGGUGAUUUGUACUGCUCUAUGGUCAUUUGAAGGACCCUUUAGCUUUGAUAUUUUUUAAAUAGGAACUUUUGAUAAAACUUUCCAGAGGCAAACAAAAAAGAAAAAAAUUCUCCAAGCCCCACACUAUGCCUCAGAAGCUCAGCAUGUGUCCUGAAGCCUUUCAUAGAUUCAUAGGAAAUAAAGCCAAAUGUAGCUCAUAUCUCUUUAUAAAAGUAACUUUUAGAUAACAUGAGAUCAUUCCAAUCAUUGAAGUGUUGGAAUAUAAAAAGACAUUCCAGAGCAUAGCCUUUUUGUAACUUUCUAGGUAAUCUUCCUGCAAUCUCUCCAUAUUGACUCCAUGUUGAAGUUGCUUUUUUCCCUCAGGGCCUUGAGUAAAAUAGCUGCAUGAAAGGUGGCUUUGAAAGGUAGGGUUUUUAGCUUGGUAGCCUCAUUUCCUGCCAUCCUACAAACAAGUAGGCUGUGGAGUGGUCUUCCGGUAGGUGUGUCCUCCGGCCCCAGACCUUUUCCAGGUGGGAGCAAAUACAUUUGGCUGCUCUCUUAACCUUUGAAGCCACAGUCUCAUGAUAGUUCAGACAGCUUUGCCAGUUCCAAUUCAUCUACAGAGGCCAGACUCUGGCAAGAGCUAAGCACAAAUGAGAUUUGCAUCAUGACAAUAGAGAAAUAUGGGAGGACUUCAGAUGUGGCAUUUUUAAGAUUGACACUGGCAUGGAAGGCUUACUUUGUUUACAGCCUAAAAUGAUUCUGGCCUACCCUGCCCUAUCUGCAUAGCUUAAUAUUCAGCCUUUUCCCAAAAAGGCUUUCAGGCAAAUCCAGAGAUGAGGUAGCAUCAUAGACUUGACUCUCCACACCAAAGAUAUCGUGGUGCUGCUGCUGGUGAAGCUGGCACCCAAGGCAGGGGCCAGCAAGGAACUCCAGCCUGCUGUCUACCAAAGAGGUGCCCAAAUGGGUGCUUUUUUCAACCACCACCCUACCCCUCCCUUAUAAUGGCACAAGUUACCUGUUUCGGGACUUGGGCCUAUUUCAAAGUCCUUGAAAUUUGCAGUAUGUUUUCAUGUUGAAAUGAUGUACUUUCACUUGUUCAAGAAGCAAAUUUUUGAGUGCCUGCAUGUGAGACAGUGUGCUGGGCUGGUCAAAGGCUUGAUGUUGUUAUUUCAGGAGAUUGAGUCCUACAUGCCAGACUCUACUGAGGCCACGGUGGAGGGAGCUCAUUGCCCACCACCUCUAGUCAACAGCCAGGUAGUAGCUGUUGACCCAGGAUAAGGAAACAUGGUUUUUGAAAAAAAGUAAGUAGACAAAUAAAAAACAUGUUUUAGCUUUCUUCCCUCAAAACUAGUUAGAAAAAAAACAUGUUACCUUUAGCAAAUUACUCUGUAAUAUUACUCCAAACACUUGGAGCUGGGUCUUUUUGUGUUUUCUUUGAAAGUUUUGUGUCAGAGUGUGGAUAGUGAAAGUUGCUUCAGGGCCUGUAGUUGGAAGCCUGGUGGGGGUGGUGGCUGGCCUCGGAGAUCAAGUUUCAUAAUGCUGGCCAUCAUAGCCUCUUAACUCCCUUCUGGCCCCUGCUAUAGCUGCCUCACAUGGGGUUCUUGCAAGAGUUCCCCUUCAAGACCCUUUGGGGGUUGCUCUGCUGCCCUAAUGAAUAAAAGCCUCUAUGAUCCAGAGUUGCUAUGCACCAAAUUUUGAUGCCUUUUAAAUACCUUGAUGCCUGUAGCACUAGAAAUGCUUUCCUAUUUAAAAUAAAAGUUAAAUUUUAAAAUAGAGCUUUGUAUAUUAUGUAAGCAGUUUUGUAUCAGCUUUUUAAAAGCUUUGGUGUAAGAGUCAAUAUUUUUUGGCUUUGUAGAUAAAGACUUUUGUGCAACAUUGUGUUGUUGAAGCACACAUCCAUGGGACUAUGCAAAUUGACUUCUAGUAGCAGCACCAAGCAACUGGGCACGUGCUGACACCCACCAUUAUCUCUCCAGCCCACACUAGACCUUGGGCUGAGAAUGGGAUGAGCAGCCUUCUGCUUACUGGACAUGAUUUAGAAACACAAAGACAACUUUAAAAGUAACAUAUUUUGGGUUCACGUGUGGUACUGCUACCCUAGGGUGUAGCCCAUCCCUUCCUGAGGCUAGCCACUGUCACCUGAGCUGGCUGGGUCUGGCUGUGAAGCCCAUUUCGGGUCUUCAGAACAGAUGGUGAUCUCGCAGAAGGGCUCAAGUUGAAACCUUGUAUUUUAUAGAAUGAAUGAUGUUCAGUUAAGAAUCUGGUUCUUGGUAAUGUUUACAGCACUUGGAAUUGUGUUUUCUUGUACAUUUUGUAUUUUAAAAUCUUUUAUAGGAGCACAGUGCUCCAUACACAAAUACAAAGGGAAGAGUCAGAAAUUCAGGCUCCUCAAUUACAGUGCUGAAAUAAACAGUUGACAGGUCAA